UGAUGACAACUGCGAAAGUCUAUGCCGAUGUCAAUUUAAAGAGACCGAAGGAAUACUGGGACUAUGAAAACUUUAAUAUUCACUGGAGUGACUGCGACCGAUACGAAAUUGUAAAGAAAAUAGGCAGAGGAAAGUAUAGUGAAGUUUUUAGGGGAGUGGAUGUUAUGGAGAAUAAACCCUGUGUGAUAAAGGUCCUGAAACCCGUAAAGAAAAAGAAAAUCAAAAGGGAAAUUAAAAUAUUGCAAAACUUGAAAGGCGGUCCUAAUAUAGUUCAGUUAUGGGAUGUUUGUAAGGAUCCCAUUUCGAAGACUCCCAGUCUUAUAUUUGAACAUGUGAAGAAUACUGACUUUAAGACACUUUAUCCUACAUUUAGUCUUUACGAUGUGAAGUAUUAUGUGUUUGAGAUUCUAAAAGCUUUGGACUUUAGUCAUUCCAAUGGUAUUAUGCACAGAGAUGUGAAACCUCACAAUGUUAUGAUCAAUCACGAGACGAAGCAGUUGCGUUUGAUUGAUUGGGGACUUGCAGAGUUUUACCAUCCUCAGAAAGAAUACAACGUUCGAGUUGCUUCCAGAUACUUUAAAGGCCCUGAGCUACUAGUCGACUAUCAAAGUUAUGAUUAUUCUUUGGAUAUUUGGAGUCUUGGCUGUAUGUUAGCUGGCAUCAUAUUUCGGAAGGAACCUUUUUUCCUCGGUCACGAUAAUCAAAAUCAACUGGUAAAGAUAGCGAAGAUAUUGGGUACUGCUGAUUUAUACGCCUAUCUUGAUAAGUAUUGCAUUCGAAUUGAACCCGGUUUUAUGCAAGCGAUAGGAUGGCAUGAGCGAAAGCCGUGGAAAGAUUUGAUAUCCAAUGAAAACUGUAAUCUGAUAUGCGAAGAGGGAAUCGAUCUACUUGACAAGAUGCUUCGUUAUGAUCAUGCUGAGAGAAUAACUGCAAAGGAAGCUAUGGAUCACCCGUUUUUUGAUGAAAUCAGAAAGAAAAGCUUCUCGAAAGACGAAAAUAUUUCUAUGAAUAGUGAUAGUACUAAUAAUGCCAUGAACACUGAACUUUGCUGAAGUCAUUACGGAAGUUUCUUUGCUGAAUAAAAAGAGCAACUUGAAAUUUGUGUAAUAUAUAUAACAUGUUUACU